AUGACCACAACCAAAAUCCCGGCUCCUUCACCCCUCCCAGUCAACACCAGACCUCAUCCUCACCAAGAUGAUAAUGAGACUCAGCCCACUAAAAAGGAGACGAUACCUAGACCGAAAUUUAGACUGCGUCUAGAAGAUGUGCGCCACUCUGCAGCAGCAUCCUUCUUCGGUCUCAUCCCAGACCUAGAAGCUGUACUCGACUCCGCCUUGACGGCAAUCGUCGAGCAACUCUACACUUCCCCUCGGCGGGCACGACCACACAACAAUAAUGACGAGAAUGAUGCUUCCAAAGCACCAAUACCAUCAUUCAUCCCAUUCAUACCCCCGACUCGCUCCGUGACGAUCAUUCUUCAAGACUUCAAUGGCGUCGCCUACACCAACGGCACAGAUCUGGAUGAUGACCACAAGGAAAUCCACUUCUCACUCUCAUACAUCAACCACGUCUGCAACAACGACACUCAACCCCUCUCCGAACUGAAAGGUGUUCUCACCCAUGAAUUAGUACAUUGUUACCAACACACUGCUCCUGCUGAGGGGGAAGUCCCGCGCCCCCCCGGCGGGUUGAUCGAAGGAAUCGCAGACUUUGUCCGUCUCAAAGCAGGUCUGGGAGCAGCGCAUUGGCAAAAGCCGAAAUCUGCGCUUGAUCGCGCAUCUGAUUGGGAUGCGGGGUACCAGCAUACGGGUUAUUUCUUGUCGUGGUUGGAAGAUGUGCGGUUUGGAAAGGGAGCGAUUGGGUUGCUUAAUGAUCGGUUGUUGAGGACAGGGUAUUUGGGGGAGGAGGAGGAGGAGGAGGAGGAGGAGGAGAAAAAGAAAGAUAAGAAGGAACCGGGGUUCUGGAGGGAUUUGUUUGGGGUUGAGGUGGAUGUUUUGUGGGAGGAGUAUGGUCGAUAUCUGGACAAGGAGGUUUAG